CCUGGCGCUGUGGCCCGCCCCCAUCUCCCCGACCCCUAUCAUUUUAACGCUGAUCACACACGAUGGUGAACUUGCAGCUCAGCUUCCUGCCGCCUUCUUGACCCAGGGAGCACCAGCAGCCCGCGGGCCUCGCCCUCCGCUCUCCCUCCUCUCCUGGAAACCCCGCGGCCUCGGGGCGCGGGUGGGGGGUUCGAGUGGGCCGGAACUACGGCAGGGGCGUGCAGGGCGCGGGGUCCCGGCGGGGAGCUCACAGCAAGCGGCGCCUGGGCGGCCCUGCUUCCUGGAGCUGUGCUCCUUUGACCCCAGUGGCAGUCCCUGUCACUGCACCGCUCGCGCUCCCUUCGCUCGCCGCGCCCUCGCUGCCUCUCCUCGCCCCCUCGCUCCUUCUCUUCCCAGAUCGAGGCUGCUCCGGUCCUCUCCACCUCCCCACGCAGCGACCCCGCGUCCCGCUCGCACCGCGCCCCUGUGCCGCCCUCCCAGGCCCUGGAUCGGCAGCGGGGACCUCCGGGGUCGAAGGUUCUGGCCCGCCCGCGCCCCUCGCCCCUGCCUCCCCCAGCGCUGCUCCGAGCCGGCUCGGGUGGCUCGGCGAUGGCUCGCCCGCACACCGGGCGCUGAAGGCAUCCCGGGGACCCGGAGCGCAGCCCGGGAAAGAACUCACAGUGGUAUUGAUGAGUAGAUCCUUGGAUUCAGAGGUUGGCUGAAACACAUCAUGCCCGCUUCCAGCUUUUGCUCCGGAGAGUUGUGAAUUGCUCAUGCCUGUAGGGAGGAAGGAUGGCACAUGGGAUUCCUGCUCAAGGAAAAGUUACCGUAACGGUGGACGAGUAUAGCUCGAACCCCACCCAGGCAUUCACACACUACAACAUCAACCAGAGCCGAUUCCAGCCGCCACAUGUACAUAUGGUCGACCCCAUCCCAUAUGACACUCCAAAGCCAGCGGGCCACACGCGGUUUGUCUGCAUCUCAGAUACACACUCCAGAACAGAUGGUAUCCAGAUGCCUUAUGGGGACGUCCUUCUCCACACAGGCGAUUUCACCGAGCUGGGACUGCCCUCAGAGGUUAAGAAGUUUAAUGACUGGUUAGGAAACCUGCCAUAUGAAUAUAAAAUUGUGAUUGCUGGGAAUCAUGAACUGACAUUUGAUAAGGAAUUCAUGGCAGACCUCGUUAAACAGGACUACUACCGUUUCCCUUCUGUGUCCAAAUUGAAACCAGAGGACUUUGACAAUGUUCAGUCCCUCCUGACAAACAGUAUUUACUUACAAGAUUCAGAGGUAACAGUGAAGGGAUUCAGGAUCUACGGUGCACCCUGGACCCCGUGGUUUAAUGGAUGGGGCUUUAACCUACCCAGAGGCCAGUCUCUGCUGGACAAAUGGAACCUCAUCCCUGAGGGCAUCGACAUACUCAUGACACAUGGACCUCCUCUAGGUUUUCGAGACUGGGUUCCAAAGGAGCUUCAAAGGGUGGGCUGCGUGGAGCUCUUAAACACAGUCCAGAGGCGCAUUCGGCCCAAGCUCCAUGUGUUCGGUGGAAUUCACGAAGGGUACGGCAUCAUGACCGACGGCUACACCACCUACAUUAAUGCCUCAACCUGUACAGUCAGCUUUCAACCGACCAACCCUCCAAUCAUAUUUGACCUUCCAAACCCACAGGGCUCUUAAAGCGUCAAGCAUCACAUGGGAAUGUGAGGGACGGUCUGCAAACUGCCAUUUUUCUAAUUAUAAACUCACAUUCUCUGACUUGUUUAUUUCCAAAUCCUGUGAGUUCUUUUUGUAAAUUGUUGGAACAGGAGGGAAAAGGAAAAAAAAAAAAAAAAAGAUGCUACGUUGUGCCGCCUCUUUUUUGCUUUUUUGAGUGGGGUAUCCAUUUGAAAUCAAAGGAGCAUUGUGAAUUUGUAAAAUGACUUCUGUUUGCUCAAAGGCCACGCCAUUGUAAAUUGUUAGUAUUUGCCAAAGGACAGCCAAGCUUUCUUUUAAAAAAAAAAAAGAGAGAGAGAGAGAGAGAGAGAGAAAUGAUGAUUUAAAAAAGUCUUAUUUGAAUAUGCUUUAAGCUGAAAGGAAAAGAUU